AGAGGGGCCAGGGGGCCGGAGCUCCACCGAGAGGAAACCUGCAAACUUCAUGAGCUCAGAGCCCAAAGAGCUGAGCAAAGAAAAGCAGCGAGAGAAUGACUAAGAGGCAGGAAAAUGUGAUAGUGUGAGGUAGAGCUGGAAACCUUUCUAGAAUCAGUGAAGCUGAGGAGGAAGAGGAUAUAAAGAGACACCGGCUGACCGUCUGAGUUCACUGAGCGACAGAAACUACAGGAGGACCACCAUGGAGCUGCUGCUGACCCUCCUACUCCUCUGUUCCCUCCACUCUGGUGUCCUGUCGUGUCCGGAUGGAUGUCAGUGCUCAGAACCCAGAGUCCACUGCAGCGGCCUCCCAGACUUUCCCUCAGCUGUUCCGUCGUCCACCUCCACCCUCUACUUGUCCCAGUGCAGCUUCGACUCCCUGAAACCGGAGGACCUGGCCGGUUUCUCUGACGCCCUCAACAUCUUUGUAAUUAAAGACUCCGGUGUGAGGGAGGUGCGUCCCGACACGUUCGAUUCCACUCCAAACGUAGCCGCCUUGGCGUUUACUGGCACCGAAAUCCAAGAUCUCCCAGAGGCCUUGUUCCAGAACCUUCAGAAACUGAACUCCUUGUCUCUAAAGAGCAGUAAGCUCUCAGUGCUUCGCCCUCAGUGGUUCUCACCAUUGACGAAUCUCAGUCAACUUGACCUCAGUAGGAACCUCUUCACUUCUGUACCUGUGGAAACUUUUCACCCUCUGACUCAAGUGCAGUACAUUUCACUCUCUGCAAACAACAUCAGUCAUCUAUCUGUGGAGACGUUCAAGGGUCUUUCUGAGAUGAGAAUCUUACGUCUGAACAAAAACAUGCUCCAGGAGCUUCCUCUCGGUGUAUUCGAUGACCUUGUGAACCUGGAGGAGCUUUCACUGCACGACAAUCUGAUCACCCACCUCCACCAUGACCUGUUCUCCAAAACUGUGAGGCUCCAGAAGCUGUUCCUCUCUCACAACAGGCUCACGACUCUCCCACAGGGGAUCUUCCUGAACCUGCCCCUCCUGUCCCAGAUCUCCCUGUAUGAGAACCAGCUAGAGAGCCUGGUUCCGGGGCUGUUCGGACCCAUGGCGCUGCAGGAGCUGUGGCUGUACGACAACAAGCUGAGUCGCCUGGAGGACGACACCUUCAGGAACCUGACUCAGCUGCGCCUCCUGGUGCUCAGCCGCAACCACAUCAGCCACGUGUCCGGCGGUGCAUUCAGGGGUUUGGAGCAGCUCGGGGAGGUUUCGCUGCACACCAACCUGCUCACCACCCUGCAGGCCGGGACCUUCCAAGGACUGCCCAGUCUUGUCAACAUCUCCCUGGAGCACAACUUCAUCAGCUCACUGCCUUCGGGUUUCCUGCAGGGUUUGAGCCACCUGGGACAGAUUGACUUGAGUAAUAAUUCCUUCCCCAACCUGCCGAAGGAGAGCCUGGAUGCCCUCGGUGCAGCGGAGGAGGUUCUCCUGCAGCAGAACCCCUGGAGGUGCGACAAGGACAUCGUUCCUUUGAGGGACUGGCUGAAACUUCACCCGUCCAAGGUCAACCAAACCCUGGUGCUGUGUGAGAGUCCCCUCAGCCUGAGCGGUGAGAUGGUCACUGCUCAGACGGACGACAUCCUGAUUCCUCUCAGCUCCACCGAGGAACCGGUGGUGACCUCGACGGAGAAGAGGAGGAAACCUAACACACCUCCAACCAAAAGAACCACAGAGUCACCCGUCAUGAAGACCACCCCGACGUCAGAGCAGGAGGAGGUCACCAGCAGUGGACAGGACCAGAACACGAUGGUUUCCGGCGACACAUCAAUCAUCCUGAUCGUCGUCGCCGUGGUUUGCACUGCCGUCAUCAUCACCGUCAUCGUCAGCUGCAUCUGCUGGAGGAGGAACAAGAGCGGAAAAGGAGAAAUUGGUCGCGGAAAUAAGAACUCUGUGCUGUAGUCCAGACCACAAAACCAGCAGCAGGACUUGAAAAGCCUAGAGGAAGCGCUCACUGAGGUUCCCUCGGAAAAUAUGGAUUUAGAGUCAACCGUAGAGCAACAAGGAUCCAAGUAACAAACAAGUAAACGGAUUUGCUUUUGAAUUCAUUAGCUCUCAGUUUUGAUUUUCCUCUUCAACAAGCUAACUGUAAACACACAAACCUUACGAUCUCAUCGCCCAGCUGGACAUUUUUGGUGAAUGUAAACUGAAAUGCACUGACAUGGUGUGAAUUUAAGCCAGCAUUUGGGUCAUUCCAGAAUUGGGGGACAUGUGGGCUUCAAAUUUUUUGAAAAACAAACCUUUUCUUUUAGUUUUCUGCUCUGUAUUCAUCAAUAAUAGGUAAUAAACUAUCAAAGGCUUGAUUGGCUCAGCUUACUCAUCAAUGGUAGCAUUUUUAUUCCAUUUUUUAUUUUUUGUUUGCUAAUCUUACUCUAAUCAGAGUAACGGUUGCUAAUCCAUGCUAAUGUUAGCUUUUUCUGAAGAGUAGAAGCUAGAUAUUUAGCUAGCUGUUACUGCUGACCAAGAGGACAAACUGACUGAUGGAAAAUAUGAAAAUAUGAAAAAUAGAAAAGAGGACAAAGAUUUGUUCUACCCAUUCUUUUGGAAAACUAUUUGAUGAUGUUAAUUCCAGCGUAUCAUGUGAUUCACUGUUUUCUUCUUCUUCGACCUGCUAAGAAGGUUAUGCUAACAAGAUUGUUGUGGGACACAUGCAUAAUAAUUAUUAUUUAAAAUAUUAUAUUGAUUUUAAAAAAUGUUCCCACAAUACAAGAGACAAUAAAAAAAAUAAUACCACAAAAAGGAUAUUUAAAUUUCACUUAAACUGUGUUAUUUGAGAUUUAAUUUGGUCAUCAGGGGGGUGGGACAAGAGAAAAAUGGCAUUUUAGGGGGAACUUCAGACUUAUUUGGUAUUUUAAAAAUAUUUUCAAACAUUCUUUUCUCCUAGGUUUUUUUUUUUUUUUUUUUAAAGAUUUGGUCUCAGGACAAGUACAUUUUUACAACAACUGCAUGUUUUCGUAUUUUGUACGUGGAUUAUUUGAAAUUUGAUGGGUGGGACAUAAAAUGUCCUCCAAUUCUGGAAUGACAUUUUUCAGCAUUAAUUAUUGCAGUUUGACUUCUGUGCUAACAAGAAUACAUUUUGCAAACAGUUUAACUUUUUUUUUGGCAAAAGGGCUAUAAAAUCAAAGAUGUAAUGUGACUAUAAAUGACGCAGUUCGAUGCAACAGCUUCUAUCCAUUCAAUAAAUGCACAACUUUUAGUGAGAGAAAUCUA